CGUCGUUUGUCGCGUGCCAGCCACGUGACGCCGCACUCAACAUCUCCUGCAUAUUGUGCACCCUAAAUAAAUCUGCGACGAAACCUACCUCGGUCGGCCAGCUCGAAGUUGCUGUCGGAGUAUCGUUACGGCAUGACGACGUCGUUUGGAGCUUCCAACACUGCCAUCGGCGGCGAUCCUAAGCUCCGCAUUGCCAGGAGCUUCGAUGGCUUGCGAAGUGCUUCCAAUUCGCUUUUGCUUUCGAGGCGGACACAAGUUGUCCGUACCUCCGCCGGCGGCGGCGCUGCGCCUUUCAUCAGAGCCGUCUCCACGCCGGCAAAGGCGGAUACCUCCGUUGUCCAAAAACGCAGUAAGGUCGAAAUCAUAAAGGAGAAUAGUAAUUACAUUAGAUAUCCUCUCAACGAGGAGUUAUUAACUGAUGCUCCCAAUGUAAAUGAGGCUGCUACACAAUUGAUCAAGUUUCAUGGUAGCUAUCAGCAGUAUAACAGAGAGGAUCGUAGUACGAGGUCUUACUCAUUUAUGCUUCGUACAAAAAAUCCAUGUGGAAAGGUUUCCAACAAGCUCUAUUUGGUGAUGGAUGACUUAGCUGAUCAGUUCGGGAUAGGAACCCUUCGUUUGACAACUAGGCAAACAUUUCAACUCCAUGGUGUUUCGAAGAAAAAUCUCAAGACAGUAGUUUCUGAUAUCAUUAGAAAUAUGGGCAGUACACUUGGUGCAUGUGGUGAUCUCAAUAGAAAUGUUCUUGCUCCGGCUGCUCCAUACACUCGCAAAGAUUAUUUGUUUGCCCAGAAAACUGCAGAGAACAUUGCUGCACUCUUAACUCCUCAGUCAGGUUUUUAUUAUGAUGUUUGGGUGGAUGGAGAAAAAUUUAUAACUGCAGAACCUCCCGAAGUAGUUGAAGCCCGCAAUGAUAAUUCACAUGGAACCAAUUUCCCGGACUCACCCGAGCCCAUCUAUGGAACUCAGUUCUUGCCGAGAAAGUUCAAAGUUGCAGUCACUGUACCAUCAGACAACUCAGUGGACAUUUUCACAAAUGAUGUUGGUGUGGUUGUUGUGUCUGAUGCUAAUGGGGAGCCUCAGGGCUUUAACAUAUAUGUUGGUGGUGGAAUGGGAAGAACACAUAGGCUGGAGAGCACUUUCCCAAAACUUUCAGAACCGUUAGGUUAUGUGCCAAAAGAGGAUAUAUUACAUGCUGUAAAGGCUAUUGUUGUCACGCAAAGGGAAAAUGGGAGAAGGGAUGAUCGUAAAUAUAGUAGAAUGAAAUACUUGCUCAGCACAUGGGGAAUUGAAAAGUUCAAAGCCGUCGUAGAACAGUACUAUGGAAAAAAAUUUGAGCCUUGCAAAGAUUUACCUGAUUGGGAAUUUAAAAGCUAUUUGGGAUGGCACGAGCAGGGAGAUGGUGGAUUAUUCUGUGGCAUUCAUGUUGAUAGUGGCCGAAUCAAGGGGACGAUGAAGAAGACCUUGAGGGAAAUAAUCGAAAAAUAUAACUUGAAUGUGCGGAUUACUCCUAACCAGAAUAUUAUCUUGUGUGAUAUCCAGCAAGCAUGGAAAGAUCCCAUAAAUUCAGCUCUUGCACAGGGUGGUUUUCUGAAUCCAGAAGAUGUCGAUCCUCUAAAUAUAACGGCCAUGGCUUGCCCAGCAUUCCCACUUUGUUCCCUGGCAAUAGGAGAAGCUGAACGAGGCAUACCCGACAUGCUUAAACGAGUUCGGGCUGUGUUUCAAAAGGUUGGUCUCAAGCAUGAUGAAUCAGUGGUCGUACGUGUAACCGGUUGUCCCAAUGGAUGUGCUAGACCAUACAUGGCCGAACUCGGCCUGGUUGGCGAUGGACCGAAUAGUUACCAGAUUUGGCUCGGCGGGACACCAAACCAAACAACACUUGCAAAAACAUUCAAGGAUAAAGUUAAGCUUCAGGACCUCGAAAAAGUGUUGGAACCUUUGUUUUUUCACUGGAAAAGCCGUCGGCUCUCUGAUGAAUCGUUCGGGGCCUUCACGAACCGCACGGGUAAGGAGAAGCUUCUGGAGCUGGUUGACAAAUGGGAAGGAGUACCUUGAAGGGUUGAUGCUAUUUGCAACAGCUGAAAUAACGUAUUCGAAAUGCAGAGUGGUUUUCUAGCAUGUAAACCUCAAUUUUGCAUACGAAUGAAUGCCUUGUGAUUGUUAGAAACUGUGGUUGAGUUAUGGUUUGAGUGGAUUAAGUUUAGAUGAAGAUUAUCUGCUUUUAUAUAUAUAUAUGUACUAUCAAUAAAACAGCCAUGGUUGCUGCUGAUGAUAUGCAAGAGACGAUGCAUUCAUUACCAGCAAGAAUAGGAUUUUACAUCGACAUAUAUAUAUAUAUAUAUAUAUAUAUAUGUAAUUGCAGGAGUGA